AUGUCGCUCAGCAGCAUGGAGUCUGGUGAGGAGGACUCCAUAGAGGAGGAGUUGCUUGAGCCAAGGCCCCCGAAUCUUCUCCAGAGGGGCCUUUGCGCGGUGAGCGGCGCUUUGGCCAUCGGCUUUGUGAUGCUGAUGAUGUCUGGGCACCGGCAGGCAUUCCUCUACAAGAUGCCAGCGAUGAACCAUAUGGCUGGCUUGGAUGAUGCUGAGGACCUCACUCGCACGCGCUAUGGCACGGUGGAUGAAGGGAUCUACACCUUCGGUGCGCCUGGCACCGCCAGCCGUGCGCUUCCGGAUCUGAGCCACGAGGAUGGCUGCUUUGCGGGAUUGCGCGUGUGGGCGGAGGAUGUUCUUCCAGGCAAUACCAAGCAGGAAGACGGAGCAGCCAUCAGCGACCAACUGGAUCAUCCACAUGUUGCAACCCUGCGACUACAUGAUGAGCAGCACGACUCGCACUACAAACCCUGCCCAGGAGAGCAGAAGGAGCCUUUCUCGACUGGCAACAAGUUUGCAGAGUGGCGGCUCCACUGGGAGCCCAUCUAUAAGCCCCGCCUGGGCAACGUCUCCCUACUGGGAAAGAAGGUUGCCAAUCAGGCUCCCUUCAGUGUAGCUUAUGGCUACAAUCGCAUUGCCUACAAGCAAUAUGACAGCACCGAGCAUGCCAAGGCCCACAUCCAGCAAAGGCUGGGGGAGAGCUGGAAGAUCGUGGCCAGAUGGACCCUGGUGCAGGGUUCUGCUUCCAUGUACGAUGAGGAUCCGUUGAUGCUGGUGCAGGACUCUGAGACGCAGCGCUGCGUCCUCGCCUUUGCCGGCAUCAACAACUACGGCAACGAGUUGGCUACGGCCACGGAUGUGCGCACCAGUGACUUUUGCGGCUUCGAGGGCGUCCACGUCGGCUACCGAGACGAGCUUCGAAGGAUUAUGCAGUUUGUGUUCCCGCACGUGCGUCCACUGAUGGGCAAGUGCAGUCACGUGGCCUGCACGGGGCAUUCCAUGGGUGGCUCCCUGUGCGACCUCUUUGCAGCCUGCGCCAACAGCCAACGCUUUGAGGAUCCGGACUUCAAGGCCGUUUCCUGGUUGAAGGAGACUCCAGCUGUACUGCCUGAGAUCUCCGACUGCGGUGGUGUCCACUACUCUGAGGAGGCGGAGCAUCGAUGCCAAUGCCCUCCAUGUCCCAAGAGUAGCUUCCUGCAAGGGCGUCAGACGCAGCAUGAGGAGAACGGCUCCUCCAGCCUUCUCACUGUUACCCUGACUACAGUUCCAACUGUGAGCCGAUCUGAGCUGAUCUCAGCUGAUGCUUUGAACCCGAGGGACCUGACGCCGCUGGGCACAGAGGUGAGCAUGAAGUCCAAGACUUCGAAAGGAAGUUCAGCCUGGACCAACGCGCUGGCCGCGGCCCUGGCGGCCUUGGGAGGCCUCGCCCCACGUGCUCCCGCCCGGACGGAGGAGCGACUCGUGGGGCGGAUCAAGAGGUUUAUGGACGUCCCCAAUGGCUAUGGCUACGGCUUCAUUGAUUGCGAGGAGACCAAAUUGCGCUUCAGCCGCGAUGUCUACCUUCAUCGAAAUCAGAUGGAAGGCUUGCAAAUCGGUGAUGAGGUGAGCUUUUCCUUGAUGUUCAACAGCAAGGGCGAGCCACAGGCACGCAAUGUAACCAAGUUGGAGGAUAUGGUGACCCAGCCCUUGGUGGUGAAGGUGGGCGAACGCAAGAUGAGGUUCUGCGCCCCGCUUGUCCGGCGACAUACGAGCCCUAGAGAUGCCCAAGCUUCGUCAGUCACCAGCUUCAACGAAGCGACCAACGGGCGCCUUGGUGGGCCCUUCCAUGAUGGCUCAAGCAUGGAGAUGGUCGGCCAAGAGAGCCAAACGAUUGAGUCAUGCACGCGGACGUCCGCAGACGUGAUUUUCUUCGACAGUUUCGCAUACGACUUCACAAGAGGUGCUGAAAGCAGAGCUGUUACCAUAUUUGGUAGAACCAUACGAGUCAUGCUCUUGUCCAUCUCUGGCAUCGAGCUGUGCACAGUCGACGUGCCAGCAGAGAUCACCGUGAGAGGCCUCAAAGACCAGGUCUUCCGCACGGGCGCGUGCAGCGUGACGGUGGCGGAUCAGAUCUGCUUUGGUGCGGAAAUCUGGGCGGAGGAGAGCCAACCCUUCAAGCAGCUGGACGCGGCCGAACACCAGGUGGAAGUCACCUGGGUGAAGAAGGAAGGCAGCCGCCAAGAAGGUGAUUGCUUCUUCUACACAGGGCCCAGCGUGCAGAAUCUCACACCAGAAUCAUCGAUUGAGCAUGGUGCCCUUUGCCGGAUUGUGCUCGCACCGGACAAGAUCACACGCGACUAUUGUCACGUGGAGUUUCCAGACUCGCGCAGCGCGCGCACGAAGUUCAUGGUGCACCAGGAGCAGCUGUCGCGCAGCGCACCUCAGCCUCCCACGGUCGCCGAGCUCAAGGACCAGGGUGUCAAGGUGGGUGAACGCUUCUUCUACGGUGGCCCUCUUCGCUUUCAAGGACUUGGCAUUCUACGGAGUGGAGCCUUGGGAGAGGUCGUCGACGCUGGCCUGAUUGAAGGGAGUGUCCGCUUGCACUUCCAUGGCUUCCCAGCGCUGUGCUCGGUGGAGCAUCAACAUUUGUGGACUCAAAUGCCUCCCAGUCGGCUGGCCGAACUGUGGGAUCGCUGGCUAUGGCAUCCAUUGAAGGGUCUGCAGUCCCCAGCACAUCGGCAUGCACCUCAAAGUCCAAGUUUAUAUGACCUUUUGCCACGCAGCCUGCGAUGGGCACUGAGAUCCUCUGGUGGCAAAGUCCUUCUCUUGUUUGCGUUGUGUUUUCUCCCCGUUUUGGCACGUCGUUUCGCUGGAAGAGUUCGACUCCGACAACUGAUGCUGAAGACAAUGAGACGCUCGAAUGGGAGUUGA